AUGUUGGCUAUUUACCAUAGGGAACUGCCGGUGACAAAUUUCGAUGAGAUUGCAUUCCACUUCAUUGAGUGCAUACAUUUCCAUGUGCAACAUUCUAGAAUGCAGAAAGGGGAUACUUUGGUUCAGCCUGAGACAAGAAAUCCAUCUUUGGACGCACCUACACCCAACGGGUUCAAUGGGAGUCAGACAUCCCUAUCAAAUCAAUUCUCUGGGCAAUUUAGUGUUGAUGGACUUAAAGGAUUGGAUCAGAUGGUCCUUGCAUAUCUGCAGCAACCUUCAAAUUUUGGACUUGAGAAGGGAGUACACAGGGAUGAACUUGCCCAAAAGUUAAAAAUUCAUGUGGAGAAGAUCAUGGAAUCAAUUAGAGUUCUCGAGGAGGAAGGCUUGAUAUACUCAACAAUUGAUGAAUUUCAUUACAAGUCGACUGUAGGCGGCUGAUCUAUAGAUUUGUUCCGAUAAGAGAUUGUUAUGAAACGCAUUUGUUUUGUUUCUAGCUUGUAAAAAGGUUGAUGAUAAUUUAUGCUUUACUCAUAAAACACUACCAGAACGCCAGUACCAAGUAGUAUCGCUGCCCUUUUUUCAGAAACAAUUCACGUAAUCAUCAGUCUCUUGCCAUUUGAU